CUUCGCUACUUUGUCUCCCACCGCCGCCGCCCGCGUCCUACCAUUGUCUCCCAACACAAUCAAUUGCCGAAACCGCUCCGUUGGUGAGUCGCCAAGUUUUGACGCUGCACCAUCAUCGACUUGUAGGGAUCAAGGGCCAACGGCAACGCCGAAUCUAAGGAAUCAGAUCUACGAUUAAUCCAGGAAAAAGUCAGACCAUGUCCGCCCGGUUACAAGAAUGCGACGAGCAAAGGGGAAAAAGGAUGCCAAAGCGUGGCCGUGAGCGACUUUACCUUGUCUUUGAUGACUGGUGCCAUGGAUACAGCAUCCGCAUGGUAAACUUGUUGCAGCAUACUGCUGGCUCAGGCCAUCCAGCCCCGGUGCAUUUUUCCGAGCCUUUCUGCCGCAUAAUGGCGCCUCUCGUGUCGUACUUCACGUCAGCCUUUGGCUCUAAGAUUUUGGCGGUGUUUUCCAGAGAUCCCGAAGCUGACUCUGAGAGCUACUUCCCAAUGUUGGACGUUCGCUCGCGGUGCGUCACCUUUGCCCCUGGGCAGGGAUGUCCUAUUCCUCCCAUCUACUACCUACCUGUCGGCAACGAGUUAUUCAGUCUGAGCUUCUGCUCCUUCGAGAUGCUCUGCUCGGAGGAGCUCUCCCCCCGGUUGCAGGAUCAGUCUUGCGGCAUGGGUUGGUCAUGGAAACAGCUCUCUGAGAAACCGCCAUUCUAUGUUGAUAACGUCACCUCCUACUCUUUGCAUCCUCAAGAACGGACCUUCCUCUUCAGCACCAAGACUGGCGCCACUGAGGCCACCUACACCUUUGACACCGAGAAACGUUCAUGGAAACUCCUUGGCUAUUGGAAGCUGCCCUUUGCUGGCUGCGGUCACUUUGACCUGGGCCUCAACUGCUUUGUCGGGCUCUCCAAAGAACCGGACACCCUUGGCCAACUUUACAGCUGCGAAGUGCCCAUCUAUGACACUGAUGAUGGUCUGUGCCCUUGCCCUGUAGUGAAGCUCUGCAAGGAGAAUCUGUUAAGUGAGUGCCCAAUUGAUAUGCAUGUUGGUGCUACCCUUGUCUACAUGGGAGGCAAGAGCGAAUUCUGCCUCGUACAGUGUGUCAGCCCUGAUCAGGACCGAAUGGAUGAGGAGGACGUUGCUCAUGGUGUGCAGCUACCCGGUCGUCGCUUCUAUUGUCUGACCACAUUCUCUCUCAGCUUCAACAAGGAUAAAGAACUGACAACGGGCAAUAACCGUCGGCUGCAGUACUACAAAGUGCCUAAAGAAGCCACUAAGCCGUUCCUUCAAGAUCCGGUGGCAUUUUGGAUGUAAAAUGCUAAAUUGUGUCUGUCAUGAGUCACCUCCUAUGUUUAUAUUUUCACUGAAUUACUAUAACUCUAUUGCCUUGUAUUACUAUGUUUUAAUAAUGUGUGCAUGUCUGAUUUGGUAAAUGUAUUCCCUUUUGUUUUCAUCUGUGAGUUUGCAACAAGAAAUAAGAUUAUGAAAUGACA